AUGCCAUUUUAUGGUAAAAGAAAAGAGGGCAUUGUUCUGGAACACAAGAUUUCUAGAGAUGGUAUUGAGGUGGAUAAAGAAAAAAUUGCAACAAUUGAGAAAUUACCACCUCCGGUGUCAGUGAAAGGUGCGAGAAGUUUCCUUGGCCUUGCGGGAUUUUAUCGACGAUUCAUCAAAGAUUUUUCCAAAGUGUCUAAGCCUCUCUCUUCACUGUUAAUGAAUGGUGUGGUUUUUGAUUUCAAUGAAGAGUGCCUUCAUGCCUUUAAGGUACUAAAGGAGAAACUCAUAGCUGCACCUAUAGUUGUGGCUCCAAACUGGGACUUACCAUUCGAAUUGAUGUAUGGCACUAGUGACUAUGCUGUGGGUGUAGUUUUGGGGCAGCGUAUUGAUAAGGGUACUGAAAACCUUGUAGCAGACCACUUGUCUAGACUAGAAAUAGAAGAGAGUCAGAAUGAGAAAGAUGUACAGAUCAAUGACUCCUUUCCAGAUGAACAGUUGUUUGGGGUAAGUGAAAAUCCUGUUGUGCCUUGGUUUGCGGAUAUUGUGAAUGUCCUUGUUGCAAAGGUUGUGCCUCCUGAGAUUUUACUCUGA